CUUUUCACCAGACAGCAGGAUCAGCCCGUAGCCCUGCUUCCCCCCCACCAUGGGAUAGAUGAGUGCUCAGCCUAGAGAAGGAGCUGUGUCUUUGCCCUGUGAAUGCGGCUGCUGCCUGUUACAUGGAAACGGACUCUGGAGUGGAUGUAUUUGCUCACUGGACACCAUGGCAACAGGAACAGCAGAAGUGGGAGCCAGCGCUGAGGGAUGGAGCACAUGCUCAGCCUGGUCUGCACUGCCUGCUUCUGAGCAAAAGGCCCUGACCAGCCUCUCACCCACUGCCCGUUUCCCUGGUGUAAAUCCCCAUCAAUGAGGUUCUUUCGCCUCACCUUCAAGUGCUUUGUGGAUUGCUUCUGAGACUCCCUCCUGAUUCCCACCCAGACCCGGAGCCAGCUUCCCGACCCAGCACCCAUCUCAGUCUUCCAUCGCAGAGCCCUGCCACCAGCCUAGUGUCAUGGCUCCAGUUUCCACCGAAACAUGUUCAGAGGGCAGUGAGUGCUCAGAGGUAGCUGAGGCAGAAAGUGCUGAGCCAAUCAGUGGCCCAGGGGAGCCCACCCUUGAUGAAAGAGCCAUCACUGUCCCUCUGGUGGUACCCAUCGGGCCUGGGAAGCUGCCCUUUCCUGAGCGAGAGACCUGGACGCGGCAGAUGGAUUUCAUCAUGUCGUGUGUUGGCUUUGCUGUAGGGCUGGGCAACGUCUGGCGCUUUCCGUACCUCUGCUACAAAAAUGGAGGAGGUGUCUUUCUGAUUCCUUACCUGCUGAUCGUCUUUGUUGGGGGGAUCCCUGUCUUUUUCCUGGAGGUGGCUCUGGGGCAGUUUAUGAAGCAAGGUGGAAUCGCUGCCUGGAACAUUGCUCCCCUGUUUAAAGGUUUGGGCCUGGCCUCCAUGGUCAUUGUCUUCUUCUGUAACUCUUACUAUAUUAUGAUCCUCGUCUGGGGUGUCUUCUACUUGGCCCACUCGCUGACGGAGACGCUGCCAUGGGCCACCUGUGGCCACUCAUGGAACACUCCCCAGUGCACCGAGCUUUUUGGUUUGAGCGACUGCGGGAACAGCACCCACAACGGCACCACCAGAAACUGCAGCAGCCUGGCUGACAAGCGCUCUCCUGUCAUUGAGUUCUGGGAGAACAAAGUGCUGCGUAUUUCAGGGGAUCUGGCAGAGCCAGGAGAGAUCAGCUGGCAGCUGAUCCUUUGCCUGCUUGUAACUUGGGUCAUUGUUUAUUUCUGCAUCUGGAAGGGGGUCAAGUCAACUGGGAAGGUGGUGUAUUUCACUGCAUUGUUCCCCUAUGUGGUGCUUAUCCUCCUGCUCUUGCAUGGAGUGACAUUGCCUGGUGCACUGGACGGGAUCCUUUACUACCUGAAACCUGACUGGUCCAAGCUUGCUGUGGCUCAGGUAUGGAUUGAUGCUGGUACCCAGAUCUUCUUCUCAUAUGCUAUUGGGCUGGGAGCCCUGACCGCACUUGGCAGCUACAACCGCUUCCACAACAACUGUUACAGGGAUGCGUAUCUCUUGGCUGUGAUCAACAGUUCCACCAGCUUCUUUGCUGGCUUUGUAGUGUUUUCAGUAUUGGGCUUCAUGGCAUCAGAGCAGGGGGUGGACAUCUCCCAGGUGGCAGAGUCAGGUCCUGGCUUGGCCUUCAUUGCCUAUCCCAAAGCAGUAACACUGAUGCCACUCUCUCCACUCUGGGCCACCCUGUUUUUCUUCAUGCUUCUUGUCUUGGGUCUGGACAGCCAGUUUGUGGGUGUAGAAGGCUUCAUCACUGGCAUCCUAGACCUGUUCCCACAGCCAGCAGCAGCCUCACCCCGCAGGGAGAUCACAGCCGCCAUCUGCUGCCUCAUCUGCUGUGUUAUUGAUCUCUCCAUGGUGACUCAGGGCGGGAUGUACGUCUUUCAGCUCUUUGAUAACUAUUCUGCAAGUGGAAUCACAUUGCUCUGGCAAGCCUUUUGGGAGUGCGUGGUGAUUGCCUGGGUUUAUGGAGCCGACCGCUUCAUGGAUGACGUCGCCCGGAUGAUUGGGUACCGGCCUCUGCCGUACAUGAAGUGGUGCUGGUUAUUCAUUACUCCAGUGGUAUGUGUGGGCAUCUUCCUGUUCCACGUGGUAAACUAUCAGCCACUGACUUAUAACAAGACCUAUGUCUACCCCUGGUGGGGGGAGGCUAUUGGCUGGAUGCUGGCCCUUGCCUCCAUGCUUUGCAUCCCCUGCACGGUUGCUUACAAACUUCUGCGAAGCAAGGGCACCUUCCAACAGCGCUGGCAAUUGCUGACCACCCCUGUCUGGGGCCACCACCACCUGGAAUACAUGACACCCGAAGCAGAGGCAAAGCUGCUGCCACCACCAGACAGUCUUGCUGCAGCCCCUCCAGAGAAGGCUACGCUUUUUGAGACUGUGAUUUAAUGCCUCUUGCCCUCUCCCAGUAGGAAUAACACAAGACCCCCAAGGUCACAUGGAGGGAAGAGACCAGAGGAGAAUGGCCAUAAUGGAGUGGGGACAGUCCCUUGCAAAAGUAGAAGAAAACCCUUGCCCUGCUCCUCUUUGGGUUGCAUUGUGCUCCCUACACUCCCUACUCUCCUCAGCUCACCAUCUCCAGUGAGGCUCUUGUGAUUAAUGAAAAGCUAUGAAUUAGAUUUGGUAGAUCUGACAAAGGUAGAGGUGCUGAUGCAAGCAAUGGAAAGAACCAAAUGACAGUUCCAAAGUUGCUUGAGGUUUCAUUUCAUCCCACUCUUCCAGUAUUAGCAUUCAGACCUCAGGUUAGGGCAUUCAUUCCCCAUCAUAGAAUCUUAGGGUUGGAAGGGACCAUGGAGAUCUUCUCUUCCAAACCCCUGACCAGGGCAGGAAUCGUCAUGCUAUCCCCCACCCCCCAAAUGGCUGUCCAGUCUUUGCUUGAAAACCUCCAGUGCUGGAGCCUCCACAACUCCAGAGUUUAUUAGUAUUUCCCACUACCCCAAAAGCUUCAGUAGUUCAAUUCCCCAACACACCCAGUGCUGCUUCUAAUUUCCUGGGCUCAGUCUUUGCAUGGGAAACGUCUUUGGUGAAACCUUCAGCCAGCUAUGGAGCCAAUGUAACUUUAGCUGAUUAACAGACUAAUCCUGCUCAUUGUGUUCCAAUUCUUUUCCUCCCUCACCGCUCUCCAAAAGAAACAGAAAAAGACCAAAUGCUUUCCGUUAAUCUCUAGCCUAUUUUUCUCAUGGAUUAUUCCCUGUCUCCCACUCCUAUAUCUCUGAUCCAGUUUCAGUUAUGUUGGAUGUAUCAUAUUUUUAUGUAGCAGUUGCUUUCUGGGGUGGGAGAGGGGAAUAUCUCUGUCACUUAAGUCUGUCUGUCUGUCCCUGCUGCCUUCAAUUUUCUCGUCCCUUGCCAUUUGGAUGGGAGGUCAUGAUCAAGGGCACUGCAAGUGGGCAUCAGACUUUCUGAAGUCACUGUAAUGUCUGAAAUCUUCCUCCAUCUGAAGAGGGGAAGGAAAUUUCUCUGUAUGGCUAAUAUCUUGGCCCUGAGGAGAUGGGGAGUCUGAAAAAUUUAUUGAAUAACUUAAGUGCUGGUUACAUCUCUCCAUUUACAAGCAUAGAGGAAUCUUAAGGGAGAAACCGUUGACACACACGCUCCUUAAUAAAGGAGGCAUCUUUAUUUCUGAUUGAAUUCCUAAAGCUUUAUCAUCCACUUAACAGGCAGAAAUUCAGCGAGGCAACGCUACAUUAAGGCCCGUCUUAUGGCCCAUUUAUGAGAAAUGCCAGAGAAGUGGUCAUGCUACAGGAAUGGUACCAAAAUAACAAGCUGGAAUCUGGUGCCACCUUAGACAUUAUUAUGUAUUAUGCUCGUGAAAAUCCUUCUAAUGGCAAUACAUUUCUAAUUAGAGUCUUAAUUGUUCAUAAUGGGAAAAACUAUCCUCUUUGAAUUUCUGCCUGUAACAAAGAUAUUAAAGACUUUAAGAAGAAAAAAAAGGUAGCAAGCAAGCGUAUCUGCUUGGCUAGGCAUCCUUCUCUUGCACACUGUAGAUACCAAUCCUGCUCUGCAUUACCCCAAUGUAUGUAUCUGUAAUAUAUGAACAUUUGUGCCAAAUUGGGCUGAGCUCCUGUUUCCUGCCACAUGCCAAGCUGUAAUCACCCCUGAAACCCCCUAGCCUCAUUCUCAGCUCCCUGUUUUUGUUUUCAUUUUUUUGCAAUCACAUAUGCAAAGUGAUACCGAUCUGACUUCCAACGAUAAAUACAAGAGGUGUUCUAUACUGUG